AUGCAGCCAUUUCUCACUAAAGUUUUAGGGACCUUGAACCAAUCAUGCAUUAAUCCAGCACAGCAAAAUUAAUCGUUCGUUGCUCCAGAAGGAUUUUUGACCCACAAAAGGUGUAUUUAGGAAAUUAAGGAUAGAAAGUAGAUUUACUUACCAACAAUUGGUAAAAAUCCUGAAUCUUUUACUUUUGAUUUCGUGGGUGGUGAAGAUGUUACUUAAGAAGAAAUCUUCCAAACUGUAGGAAAGCCUAUAGUGGAUCAGUGUCUUUUAGGCUAUAAUGGAUCGAUUUUUGCAUACGGAUAAACUGGCUCUGGAAAGACAUAUACUAUUCAAGGAGCGAGUAUCUAAGCAGAAUCAAGUGAAAAUAGAACUGGAAGCAAUAUUGGAGCUGGAGAUGAAAACAGCAGUAUGUAAAUCGAUAAUAGUAAUUUUAAUAAGCUGGAUAAAAAUCAAAGAGGACUCUUGCCAAGGUCAUUCGAGUAUCUCUUCUAGCAAAUUCAAAAAAUAAAAAAUCUUCAUAACAUACAAUCUGCGAGAGGAAAGGCUUCAGCUAGAAAAAGUCUAGCUCCUAGUUCAAUAAAUCUGCCUAAAUUUCAUGAGAACUGUGUUGAAAUAGAGUUUGAUGUGAAGUGCUCCUUCUUGGAAAUUUACAAUGAAAACAUAAUUGAUCUGUUAGACUCAAGCGAUAAGAAAAUUCAAAUUAGAGAGGACAAAGAGCAUGGAGUCUAUGCAGAAUAUAGCACUGAGGAAAAGGUAAACUGCAUCUAGGAUGUGCUAUCCCUCAUUGCAAAAGGUACUAGGAACAGAAAGAUAGCAAGCACAAAUAUGAAUAGAGAAAGCUCAAGAUCUCAUGCAGUAUUUACCGCCAUUAUUAAAGUUACUUAAACUCUGAGUUCUGAUGAAUAGCUAAUAAAAACGGCUAGAUUUCACGUUGUGGAUCUUGCUGGUAGUGAAAGGUGCAAAGAAACAGGCGCUGAAGGAUAAAGACUUAAAGAAGCUAGCAUGAUCAACAAGAGUUUAACAACUUUAGGAUCAGUCAUAAAUGAGCUAGCAGAUAUUAGCAGUGGUAAUGAGACAAAAGGAAAAUCAAGGCACAUCAGAUACAGAGAAAGUAAGCUAACAUACUUGCUAAGGGAUGCUCUUGGAGGAAAUUCAAAAACUGUCAUGAUUUGUAAUGUCAAUCCUCAUCUGUCAGCUUUGAGAGAGACUAAGUCUACAUUACAGUUUGCACAAAGAGCUAAAAUGAUAAAGAAUUCAGCAGUUGUAAAUGAGGAAAAUACUAGCUAUAAAUAUUGGAAGGAGAAGUACCAAAGGGAAAUCGGCUUUUAAAGAGCUAAUACCCUUCCGAAUCCUAGUUUUGACCACAAUAUUACUUUUUCUUUAAAUUAGGAGAUGGGUAAUGGGAUGUGCUAAAACUGUAAGAAACACUAAGAUGGAGGUUUUCAAUCAAGUUCCAAAUUCAAAGAUAACAAUCAAGAAAAACUUUACUUAGACUCUUAAAAGCAUAUCAAAGAACUUACUCAUCAACUUAAAGAGGAAACAGACAAGAGAAAUAUAAUGGAAGCUUAGUAUGCGGCUGCUAAUGAAGAGACUCAAAAGUUGAGAAAUCAGAUGAAAUUCCAAGUGAAACUAAAGGAGAACCAAUUAAAAAGGCUGCAUGAAGAUUUGAAUUCGCUGAUUGGUCAAAAGAUUGACAAGGGCAGUUCAUUUGAAGAAGAUUUCAGAAUUUUAACGGAAUAAAUGGAGAUGCUCAAAUAAGAAAACUAAGUACUGAAAGACUAAGUUGAUACAAACCCACUUCUGGCCAUUAAAGUAGCUAAGAUCAAAGAACUUGAGAUAAAGAUAGGCGAGAUUUAAAAUUUCACUGAUGCCUAAAAUGGAUUAGGUACUUCUCUGAGCAAAACUAUGAAUGAAGUAUUGGAACACAUUGACUAAUCUAUCAAGUAUCUUGAGUAAAAUUUCUCAUCAUCUAAAAAGGAUGCUAACAUCGCUGGGUUAGAUAUUGAAAUGGCUGAUGUCAACCCUUUCAAUAGAUCAUUUAACCUUGCCUAAUCACAAAUGAAUGAUAUCUCUUAUCUUACCGUAAAGAGAGAUCAGGAAGUUGCUAAUAUCAAGAUUCAAUACGAGGAGCAGCUAGAUACUUUAAAAAGAUAACUAAAGGGUGAGACUAGCAAGAAUCAAAAGCUUAUAGCAUUCUUGACUUAGAAAGGUUCUUAAAACACUCAAUAUAAUGAUGAAUUGCUCACAAGCACAUAAUCUUUCAAUAAUAUGAUGUAUAAUACUCAGGGAUUAUUAUGCUCUUAAAGAACUGCUGGUUUCAAUUAGUCCUAAUAUUUAAUAAACUAAACUCAAAAUCAAAUCAUAGAAGCAGAUAGUGAAAAUCAAAUUAAUUCUCAGGGUAAUCCUAUAUAUGAAGAGAUGCAGAUGUUGCUUAAUGAUUGUCAAAUGAAGAUAUAAGAAUAUACUGCAUAGAUUGGUGUCCUUACCAACGAACUAGAAACUCAGAGAUAAAUUACCGAUGAAAUCUCUAGAAAGUAUGAAGAGGCAAUGAACGACAAAAUAAACUUGGAGACUUUCAAACUCUAAUUAGAGGACAAGAUCGGCAUACUUGAAUAAGACUUAGAAUAAAUAAGUCAAGAAAAUUAGCAAAUAUAUCAGAUUAAAGCAGAUUUGGAAUAACUGUAAAACUUAAAUGAAGAUCUAGAGUUGAAGAAUAAUGAAUAUAUAGAGGAGAUUUCUACACUUUAACAAACAAACGAUUAUUUUGCAAAUAAGGCUUUGCCUGAUUUUGAAAAGUAGAUUUAGAGCUUAAAUGAGAAAUUUAAAAAUCUAAUGGAUGAGAACAAAAGUCUAAAGGAAUUAAAAAACAAAGAUUAAAAUAUUGAUGAGUUAUUAAGGUAAAUCUAGUCCUUGAAGACUUAAAACAGCAGCUAAGAAAAUCAGUUGAAAGAGUGUAUGAAAUAGAUCUCAGUAAUAGAGCAAGUAAUGGUUGACUAGAAAAAUUACAUUGUGGAUCUAAAUACAAAAGCCAAGGAAGAUGAUGAAAAAAUGGCUAGCCUCAGAGAUUAACUAAAUAAGAAUGAUGAGUAAAGAAAUGAGUUAGAAGAAAUUUUAAAUGAAGCCUAGAAGUAGCUAUAAGCAACUGAUAAUAAGAUAUCAGACUUAGAGGGCAAGAAUCAAUAGAUGCUGACCAAGUGCAUACAACUAGACUAGCAAAAUAAGUAACUAAAGGAUGAUAAGCACAACUAUGAACAGAAAAUAGUUUAGUUUACUUCUAAAUUAGAGGUAAAUGAGUAAGAAAAGAACUUACUUCACAAGCAGCUUAACGAAAGUCAGAGGAAAUAUGAAGCUUACAAGAGUAUGUCACAGAAAUAAAUAUAGUAAAUAGAGCAAUUAGUGGAGGAACUUAAGGCAUUCAGAUCUAACAAUUCAGACAGCCAGGCUACAAUUGAUGAAAAAGUUAGAAAGAUCAAAACUGAAAAUAGAGAUCUAAAAGAUAAGCUAAGAUAAAAGGAAUAGGUAUUGCAGUCUUUGGAAAGAAGAGUUCAGUAAUGGGAGUCUUAAAGAGAUUAAUUUGCUUAGAAAGAUGUUGAGUUGCAAAGACUUAGGAACUAUUAGAAGGAGUGUGAAAGUUUAAGAGCUUAACUCGAAAUAAUUACUACAGCAAAUGGUUAGCUAGAGUCAUAGCUGUGCAUAAUUGAGAGCGAGCUUAAGAAUUAAAAGUAAAGAUAUGAGAAUCUCGAGAGAGAAAAUGCAACCAUUCUAAACAUUGGGGACACAUAGAAAUAUCAGCAUCUCAACUAGGUCAGAGGAUAAAGUAAUUAAACAAUAAAACAGCUCAAUGAGUCAGUAUAAGAAUUGAAAAAGUGUAAAGAAAAGAUUUCGAAAUUGGAAUUAAAAAUAAGAGACCAAAAUAGUUAUGUAUUGUUAUUUGGAAAUGAAAUCUGCUAAAGAUUACAAAUUAAUAGAAAUACGAUGAUCAAAACUAGACCAGAGGAUAAUUUUAAGUAGUACAUCAAUGAUUUACUAGAAAUAAUCACUCAAACUCUGACCAACCAGAAAUUGGUCCUAGAGACUCCAAAUAAUAUAUCCUAUUUGAAGCAAUCUGAGGAAAUUUCUUCUUCAUCAUAGGCUGAAUCCUCUUCUCAUGAAGAUUCUAGACUUAAUUUCUUUGGUAUUGGGAAUCAAGAAGUUAAUAAACAAUAAGAUUAGCAUAACCAGAAUAUUCAGCCAUAGAAUAAUCAAUUAUAGAGCAGAACCAUUUAUUUGGGUGCAGGAUAAAGCAACAGAUACGAUAACAGUGCGAACACUUCAAUGAAUAAUGAAGAACAAGAAAAUUAAGGUCCUUAACAUAAUAAUUAUUAAAGCAACAUUUAAAUUUCUGAUCAGCCAGUCCUUCAACUGAAAAAAGCAUUUAAACUGCCUACAUCGAUUAAUAGUUCUUAAUUCUCUACUCAAAAUUAGAUCCAGCCUAGAAAUGCAGCUCAAGUUAACUCUGGCAAUUAAAGCAUGCAUAAGAAUAAUUUCUCAGCCUCUAAACCUACUAAAGCGGCCUGGGGUAGCAAUCUUGGUUUAGUGAGUACCAUCAACAGAUCUCAGAUAAGCGGUUCAAACACGCAGGGUGCAAACUAAAAUAUUAAUGUGAGAGGGGCAAAUGGAGCAAACAGAAAUAAUGGAUAGAAUAACUAGUCAAUGAGAGAACCAAGUAAUCAAAGAAUGGAUAUCGAUAGCUGA